UGGUCUAACGACUACUGCACACACCUGGACAUGGCGUCCUUGUUCAUCCGCCUCCACUUGCUACCCAACAUACACAAGACACACCAUCCACAGAAAACAUUCAAUCUCAUUAUCACGUAGCCAGCACUUCACACUCCCCUCACACCGUCUUACACUUUGAGCAGGAGCGUACGUGCAUGCCGACGGGCGGGCGGGCCUGGCGAAAAGCCAUAUCAAUUUCGGCACAACACAACCAACCGCCACCGGAAAAAAUAUGUCGAGAGGAAUUCACAUCAUCAUUCCACGCGGCAGUUCCUCGUGGACUUCAUUCAAUGCACGUGAGAGGACACGCCACGCGUGAGUGAGCGGACGAGGUCGGUACGUCCGUCGGUCGUCGACACCUAUACACUGCUGUAUAGCGCCCACGGCCCACGGCCCGCAGCAAAAAAAGCGGAAACAGCUUCGGCUGGGGUAGACUAAUUGCGUGUCGUCAUCAUCAAUCAAUCACUCUUCCUCGUCCCGACCCGACCCCACGCGAAAAGUACCGAGCGACACGAAAUCCAUCCGACCUCUCAGCGAUUAACCUCUUGCCGACAAAAUACAGUGCCUAAUGGUGGGCUUACACACCAGGCUAAUGAGUUUGGUUUGCUCGUACCUGCGCAAAAAGAGUAAGUAAAAUGUCGGGACCUACCUGUGGUGGUCUUGUUG